CUUUAGGGAUUCGACUCGUUUUAAUGACUCGGCUCUUCAUCAGAGCGACGCCCGAAGAUUUUGUGCCUUUGUCCAAAGCGUAACGUCGAACAGGACAUCACAUGCACUCACUAAAUUCUACAGUGUUCUGCACUGUAUGGCCAAAAGUAUCUGGACACCUCAUAAUCGUAAACACAUAUUUACCCCCCCCCCAACUAUAACCACAAAUUUGGAAGCACAUAACUGUAUUUUACACAUUUUAUAGUCAUAGAGAACAGUUUCAGCUACCAUUUAAUCAUUUUGUGUCCACUAGUACCACUCAUAGGUCAAAUGUGAUCAUAAGUGUAUAAGAAUAACACACACAACACUGCCAUAGACCAUCAUAUCAAAGUAUUAGAAGAAGAAGAAGAAGAAGAAAGGAGUUUUCAGUCAAGCCAUCAAUCAAAUGGAAUUUAUCUUUAUUCUUAAUGUUGAUGAGGAUUAAGUGUAAAUAUUAUACCGUUAAGUGGCCCGGUGUCUGACCUGGCAUUGUAUGUUGUGUGUGUGUGUGUGUGUGUGUACUCAAGAGAGAAAAGGGAUUAGUGGAAUAUAGAUGAGGAUGUAGUUCCUGUCCAGCAGCUGUUACACAUCCUGGUCCUGAAAAACAGGGAGACUAAGAGAAAAAAAAAUCAGAGAACCAGAGAUCCAGUGAAACAAUCAAGCUCGCGCUGAGGAUGCAGAUGAAGAUGAAGGUAGUACUGCUUGUCUGUGUGUGUCUGAGUGUGCUGCGUGCACAGUGUCUGUGUUUUUCACGUGGCGCUUCAACUGCUACCUGUAUGGACAUGAAGCCUGGUCACAUCAGCGCUCAAUCUCAGCACACAUACACAGCAUCUGCAGUGACCAUACACACCAGCCGCACAGUCUAUCUGCCACAGCACACACUCAUGGUGAGUGUGCGCAGCUCUCGGGCAUUUAUGGGUCUUCUGCUGCAUGCACGCUCUGUAGUGGAGGACCGUGUGGUUGGAGGCAAGUUCACACACCACCCACCAGGAACACAUACACUCUCCUGCCUGUCCACUGCAGACACGGUCACACACUCAGAUAAGCUGCUGAAGAGGAACCUGUCGUUCACCUGGAGGGCUCCGGCUCAGCCCAGUGGGGACCUGAGAUUCUAUAUCACAGUGGUCCACUCAUAUUUCGUGUAUUGGACUCGGAUCCACUCAGCUGUGGUGCAUGAUGGGACUCGUAAGACUCGUAUUGGACAUGAUCCUGGACUACAGAAUGGGAUCAUCUCAGCAUCUCCGACGAGUUCAGCACCCACACUAACACCCACUUCUGCACACACACACUCAGAACACUUAAACAACACUAACAAACGGACAAGUAACUUACUCACACACACUGCACUGCCCCAACACCACAAACACUCACACAGUGAUAAACACACAAGCACACAUAACCCUAGAAAUAGGGUCACACACCCACAGCUGUACAAAACAACACACAACCAUACACACACACCCAAAGGUACAAGGAAUCUGCUUCAUGCACACACACUCAGCAGACCAGACAACACUUACACUCCAUCACACACACAGGCACACACUGCAGCUACACCAGUCACGCACACACACACAUCACCUAACACCAUUCCGAUGUCUCGUUCACUAACAACACACACUCCAAAAACACACACACGAUCACCAACAACAGCAUGCACCUCACCUGGUGUUACCAUGGUAACCCUGAAAACGCACACAUACUCGAGUCAUGAGAAUACACCAGCUCCAUCCCAGCACACACACUCCUCAAAUCUACUCUUACACACACUUGGUUCAACUGCUUCUCCAACCACACCCUCACACACACCCACAGCAUCACACACACUCACACACAGUCCCAUUGUAUCACACACACCCACACACACUCCAACUACAUCAAACACACAUACACACACUCACACACACAUGCCCACUGUAUCACACACACCCACACACACACCCAUACAUACUCCAGUUGUAUCAAACACACCUACACACACAUUCACUAUGUCACACACACCCGCUCCAUCUUCAGCUCUUCACCCAAAGCCGUCUGCAGCACUCCGGCGCUCUGUGUCUGAUCCGGUGGAGCCGAGGGAAGAUCCUGAAGUGUUUGUGAAACCCCCUGAUCCUGAGCCACACCCAGAGAGUGGGAUCAAAACCGGAGAUGUGGUCAAGGCAGAGCCAGGAGUGAGGCUUGUGUCUCAGCCGGUGCUGCUGAUGGCCCUGUCACUCUUUCUGUUGGUGGUGCUGGCCGUCUACGUUCAGAGGAAACGCUGCGUCCGGCGUAACGGUGUGUCUUUGAGUGACAGCAGGCAGGAGGGAGCAGGAGUGAGACGUGUGCAGGAUUGCGGUGAGCUCGUCCAGCUGCGCAGGAUCCGAGAAAACAGCCUGCUGUUGCUGCAGGCCCAGUACGACAUCAUUACAGCACCGGGGAACUAAUACACAAACACAAACACACACAAACACGACUAAGGAAUAAAAUAUGGAAAAAAUAAUCUACAACUGUGUGGGGCGUGAUGAAGCAGCGUCACUGUUAUCAUUCUGACGUUGAUUAUUUUCCUAUAACAACACAUCCCCCAGUGUUUCAUUCCUCUUAUACUACAGCAAUUUCAAUAAGUUAUUGAGUACACAACAUACCGUAUACUUUUCCAUUUACAGUUACGUGUUGUCACUUACAUUACAGCAAGCUGUCGUACCCUCACCAGCCUCUUUUUUUCUUUCUCUUAAAGUUAUUAUGACAAAAAUAAAGAUCAUAGAGAAAUCGCAAAGCUGUUACAUGUGGAACACAUUUAUUUAAGAAUUUAUUUUACAUAUUUCACUGCAAAAAACUUUGACUCUCACCAUUAAGUUGUAGA